CGCAGUAAUAGUGCAUAGAUGAUGGUAUAUUUAUAAAAGUCAACAGCACUCCUAAAAUUUUGUAUUAAGUGUUUAUCGUCAGAAAAGAUUACUCAUACAACAAUUUCUUAUUAGAUAUAUUUUUAAAAUUAAUAUUGGGAUAGCUGCAAAAGAUACAAAGAGACCACUGCAAAUAAAUUAAGUCAAAGAAGCAGAACAAUUUGUCAUCACGCCACAAUGGGUUUGUCACGGAACAAUUCAGUGACCGAAGACGGAUUUGCAGUCGAAGACGACGUUGCAUUAUGGUGUCACUCUGUCGAUAACACUGUAGUUGAAACACAGCCUUAUCCUCAAGCUCCAAUCAUGAUGGAACUAGGGGCUCAUUUUGAAGAUUCGGAAGUAUUUAGAAAAUGUGGAAUCUGUUACGAAACCCCGAUCGAUGGACGUCUUUUGGAAUGUUUUCAUACCUUUUGUGAAACUUGUCUUGAAAGGGUCUGGUGUGACGCAACUGUUAUCAGAUGUACUUUGUGUACAAGAACUACAUCGAUUCCUCCUGAAGGUAUCAAUGGUCUACCCAAAAACCCAUUCAUAAGAUCAAAACCCGGUGAUGAGAUACAGUUGACCAUAACCUGUGAUCUGUGCGAGGAUGGUCGUCAAGCAGAAGUCCACUGUCUCGACUGUGACCAAAACCUGUGUUCCUCUUGCCGCGUGAUACACCUCAAAUGUAAUGCUUCCAAGGAACACACUGUUCAAAGCUUCGAAUCAAGCAACAUACCAUUGCCCGAUGAUUUACACAGACCAGCUUGCAAGAAAAUUCCAAGUACCUGCGUUGAUCAUGGCGAAGAAUUGUCAUAUCAUUGCAGAAUGUGUGCGAAAGCGAUAUGUAAAUUUUGUAGGAAGGAGCCGGUGCACAGGGGUCAUAGGACAAAGCCUCUUUCAGUUGUUAUGGACACAAAGCGUAAACAAGUAUCUCAAAAGAUGACAUCGAUCGAGAAUGGGUAUUUUGAGGUUUUAAGAAAGAAGUUAUACAAUACAAGAAAGCACGCCGAAGCUCUCUCCAAUAACAUUAAAGAUGUAAUAAAUAGCAUCCUUGCCAGAGCUGAACAUCUGAAGCACGAAAUCGAUGUGGCGAGCGAUGCUCUGAUUUCCGAAGUCUUGGAGAAGGAAAAAGAGGGACUUGAAAAGUGUACCUCGUUAGAAACACUCAUUGAACAAGAGGUGUUGGGCAUUGGAAGUGCUCUACAGUAUAUUCACAACAUUUUGCAGUAUGGUUCUCCUUUAGAGGUUUGUGACGCCUUGCCAACAAUCAACAACAUUUUAGAUGACUACAGCGACAGAGGACAGACACCUCGUUUGGAGAAAACUGACAUCACCUUUGAACUUGGGGACCUGACGCCAAAAUCAAUCCAACAAGGUUUCGGGAGUCUGGCGGUAAGGAACAAAGGACGCUUCUGGGCUCGGUCAAUAUCAGUAGGUUUUCGAGGUUUACAAGAUGUAAACAUCAAAAUGCAGACAGGAUUCGACUUCCCAACUUCAUCAUUGGAAGAAGUUCAAGAAGAGGAAGAAUUACCAAUACACGCUUUAACGACAUCUUCAACCCAUCAAAAUCAGGUUUGGACAUGCGCUGGAUGGAAUUCUUCCACUAUUGCUCUUCUCGACAACCAGGGUACACCCCAAACUUCUGUCCCGAUUGGCCAUAAAGUGGAUGACAUCACUGCCUCCACAGAAGACGAAUUGUUUAUCUCAUGCUUCCACAAAAGGAUGUUGGUCCGUUAUAAAAUUUCAACAGUCACCAUGGAGUCGGUCCAUUUACCGUACUAUCCACGUGGUCUCACCGUCUGUAAUGACGGGAGUCUUCUGAUAUGUAUGACCGACAGCUACAGUUCAUGUGCCUCGGACAACAGCAGGAGGUUUGUGGCCAAAUAUACAAAAGACUUAAAAUUAGACAGUGUGUACGAAUUUGAAAACAAUAACAGACUUUUUACCAGACCGUAUAGAGUUGCCGAAAACAUCAACGGGGACAUCUGUGUAACAGACAAAACAUCCAUGGGUUCAGGAAGAGUUGUGGUUCUUGAUCGUCAUGGAAAGUUCAAAUUUGCUUUCGAAGGCCCGUCAAACAACCAAUGUAAGGGAAGCUUCUCACCUGCUGGUAUUACUUGUGAUAGCUACGGGCGAAUCCUUGUUGCUGAUUCAAACAACAACUGUGUCCAUAUCCUUGACCCUAAUGGGAACUUUGGCGGGUUUCUUCUACAACAAGGGGACACACCAACGAGUCCACAUUCCAUUUGUAUCGACAAUCACAGUCAAUUCUGGGUUGGGGAUGAAGAAGGCAAUAUUAAACUGUACGAGUAUCUCUAGUUAUAAAAAAGCGAAGGAAAAUUACAAAAACAUUAGCAAUUUGAAUUAAAUGAGAGUGUCGGCGUGUAUAUUAUAUGUCAAACCGUGUAAUAUUUAUCAUAUACUUUCUUUUAGAAUAUAUUA